UGGUAAUCUCAAAAUCGUUCAAAGCAGCUCUCAAAUUCUCCGUCAGAUCUUCGACUGCGCCGGUGAUCUCAAACCAUCCGCCAAUGGAGAACCCCAAGCGCCAGCGAACAACGCGCCUCGCCGCCAGAAACUUGAAGCGAAAACUCAGUCCGAACACAGAUGUAGCGCCAAUCGUCACGCAAUUUAUUGAUGUUGACGAUGAACACCUAGAUCUCGUCGUCGCCAUCCGCCGUCACGUUGAGGUUCUUAACUCCUGCUUCUCAGAUCCUGAUUUUGAUCGCGAAGCUGUCAACGAAGCUGCUGCUGAUAUCGCCGAUUUGGCUAAAAUCGACGAAAAUGUGGAAAUCAUCGUGGAAAAUGGAGCAAUCCCUGCUCUGGUGAAAUAUAUGGAAUGCCCGUGGCCUUUGGAAGUUGGCGGCGAUGUUCCCAACUCUUGCGAUCAUAAGCUAGAGAGAGAUUGUGCUAUUGCUCUUGGACUUAUUGCUGCGAUUCAGCCUGGUUACCAGCAGCUCAUUGUGGAUGCUGGAGCCAUAGUUCCCACCGUGAAGUUGUUGAAGAGACGGGUGAUAUGUGGUGGUCCUGGUGGAUGCAUGUUUGUUAAUGCUUCUAUUAGGAGAGCCGCUGAUAUAAUCACUAACAUUGCUCAUGACAAUCCAAGGAUCAAAACAAAUAUAAGGGUUGAAGGUGGCAUUCCACCACUUGUUGAGCUUCUAAAUUUUCCGGAUGUUAAAGUACAGAGGGCUGCGGCAGGGGCCUUGCGAACAAUUUCAUUUAGAAACGACGAAAACAAGACCCAAAUUGUGGAGUUGAAUGCUUUACCCACGCUUGUAUUGAUGCUUCAAUCAAAAGAUUCUUCUGUGCACGGGGAAGCGAUUGGGGCAAUUGGAAAUCUUGUCCACUCAUCUCCUGACAUCAAGAAAGAGGUUAUCCGUGCUGGUGCCUUACAACCAGUAAUUGGUCUACUUAGCUCCACCUGUUUGGAAACACAGAGAGAAGCAGCAUUAUUAAUAGGUCAAUUUGCUGCGCCUGAUUCAGAUUGCAAGGUGCACAUUGCCCAGAGAGGUGCCAUUACACCACUGAUUAAGAUGCUUGAAUCAUCAGAUGAGCAGGUCGUGGAAAUGUCAGCUUUUGCUCUUGGUCGUUUGGCUCAGGACGCACACAAUCAAGCUGGCAUUGCACAUAGAGGAGGCAUCAUCUCAUUACUAAAUCUUCUUGAUGUGAAAACGGGGUCUGUGCAACACAAUGCUGCAUUUGCUUUGUAUGGCCUUGCAGAUAACGAGGAAAACGUAGCAGAUUUCGUAAAGGCUGGAGGUAUUCAAAAGCUUCAAGAUGACAACUUUACUGUCCAACCGACUAGAGAUUGUGUGGUUCGGACAUUGAAGAGGCUACAGAACAAGAUUCACGGACCUGUACUAAACCAAUUAUUGUACCUAAUGAGAACCGCGGAGAAGACUAUACAAAUUCGAAUUGCUCUGGCUCUUGCACAUCUUUGUGACCCUAAAGAUGGAAAGCUAAUUUUCAUUGAUAACAAUGGAGUAGAGUUUUUGUUGGAGCUUCUCUAUUUCUCAAGCAUCAAGCAGCAGAGAUAUAGUUCAAGUGCUUUAUACGAAUUAGCUAAAAAGGCUACAUCCUUUGCACCGGAGGAUUCAGCUCCUUCUUCACCCACCCAACAGGUGUUUUUGGGUGAAGAAUUCGUGAACAACCCUACUCUGUCUGAUGUCACAUUCCUAAUUGAUGGUAAACAAUUCUAUGCUCACAAGAUUUGCUUGGUAGCUUCCUCUGAUAUAUUUCGUGCAAUGUUUGAUGGUCUUUACAAGGAACGCAAUGCUCAAAAUGUGGAGAUCCCAAAUAUAAGAUGGGAAGUGUUUGAGCUUAUGAUGAGGUUCAUUUACUCAGGAAGAAUUAACAUCACCAAACAUUUGGCUAAAGAUCUGCUUGUAGCAGCUGAUCAAUAUCUUCUCCAAGGUCUCAAACGUCAAUGUGAAUACACAAUUUCACAGGAAAUCUGUCUGGAUAACAUACCAGAAAUGUAUGAGUUAGCAGAUACAUUCAAUGCUACAGCCUUAAGAAGAGCUUGCACGCUCUUUGUUCUUGAGCACUUCACUAAGCUCAGUUCUCAAUUAUGGUUUGCAAAGUUUGUGAAGCAAAUUAUACCUGAAAUCCGGAGUUACAUCACUGAUAUUCUCACCCGGCCGGUCGAAGCUAGCCCACCAACCGUCGUAUAAAACAUAUAACUGGAUUCCGGUUUGAAGUAGUUGAUUUAUUUUAUUUAGGUAAAAUUGUUUUUCUUUUGAUAACCGGUCUGUAUUUUGUUACUGCUAUAUAAACUGCUUAACUCAAUAAUACCAAAGUUAGCUUAUAAAUGACUUUUUUGCAA